AGGCAGACCCUGGCAAGGAGCAGCCGGCUGCCUGCCUGCCGCAGGUGAGCAGAGAAGGGGCGCCCCUUCCUGUCGGGCUCCCCCACCCCGCCUCUGAGAGGAGCCGAGCCUGCCCAGCCUUCACUUCUCUCCCAGAUCCCUGCACUGACGCCCAGAAGGGACCUCGGGGCCUCUCAGGCCCGCCCUGCCGCUUUACAGAAGAGGAAACUGAGGCACAGAAAGGUCGCCUUCCUGCCCAGCUCCCCCAGGGAGAGAGCAGGCGAGCCAGGAGACAACGCUUCUCUUUCCCUGCGGCCCCGGCCCCCUCCCUGCCAUGCCUGGCCUGUGAGCCCGUCCCUCGGGCAAGUCCCCGGCGCCAUGACCUUCUCGGAGCUUCUGGAGCGGGUGGGCAGCAUGGGGCCCUUCCAAGUCCUGCACGUGCUGCUCCUGUCCAUCCCCAUCCUCUUCAUGGCCAGCCACAACCUGCUGCAGAUAUUCACGGCCGCCACGCCAGCCCACCAUUGCCUGCCGGCCCCCAACACGUCCUCCGCCCUGCCCGUGGGGCCCCACGGGGAGCCCGACCGCUGCCGCAGGUUCAGCCGCCCCCCGCCAGAGGGGCCGCCGGGCCUCUGGAACGCCACCCUCGCCAACGGGACGUGGGGCCCCACGGAGCCCUGCCUGGACGGCUGGGUCUACGACCGCGCCACGUUCAGCUCCACCAUCGUGACCGAGUGGGAUCUGGUGUGCGACUUCCGGCAGAUGAAGGAGGUGGCCCAGUCCUUGUACAUGGCGGGCGUGCUGAUCGGCGGGAUUGUGUUCGGGAGCUUGUCGGACAGGUUUGGCCGGAGGCCCAUCCUCACCCUGUCCUACCUGCUGCUGGCUGUCAGCGGCACGUGCUCGGCCUUCUCACCCAACUUCCUGACCUACUCCAGCUUCCGCUUCUUGACGGGCUGCAGCCUCUCCGGCAUCAUUCUCAGCACCAUGAUCUUGUGCGUCGAAUGGGUACCCACCCGCAUCCGAGCCAUUCAGUCCAUGUUCACCGGCUACUGCUACACCUUCGGUCAGUUCAUUCUUCCCGGCUUGGCCUACAGUGUCACCGAGUGGCGAUGGCUACAGUUCAUCGUGUCCUUCCCAUACUACGUCUUCUUCCUCUCCUCCUGGUGGGUGGCCGAGUCUGUCCGGUGGCUGGUCCUGUCCGGGAAAUCCUCGAAGGCCCUGAAGGAGCUCCAGAAGGUGGCGGCCUUCAACGGCAGGAAGGAGGAGGGAGACAAGCUCAGCUUGGAGGAACUGAAGCUCAACCUUCACAAGGAGAUAACGCAGGGCAAGUCGUCUUACAGCAUGGCCCACCUCUUCCGAGAGCCCAUCCUGCGCCGGAUAUCCUGCUGCAUCUGUCUCAUUUGGUUUGCCACCGGAUUUGCCUACUACAGCCUGGCCAUGGGCGUGGAGGACUUUGGUGUGAACAUCUACGUGCUUCAGAUCAUUUUUGGCGGCGUUGACGUUCCGGCCAAGUUCAUCUCGGUCCUCUGCCUGAGCUAUGUGGGCCGCCGCAUCACCCAGGCUGCCUGCCUCCUUUUAGCAGGCACCGCCAUCCUCGCCAACAUCUUUGUGCCCUCAGACAUGCAGAUGGUGAGGACCAGCCUUGCUGUCUUUGGAAAGGGAUGUCUCUCCAGCUCCUAUAACUGCCUCUUCUUGUACACCAGUGAGCUGUAUCCCACAAUAAUCCGCCAACGAGGAAUGGGCCUGGGGAACCUGUGUACCCGAGUGGGCAGCAUGAUCGCCCCCCUGGUGAAGGUCACGGGCGAAGUGAUGCCCUUCAUCCCUGCCAUCAUCUAUGGGGUCAUUCCCCUUCUGGGGGGAGCCGCCGCCUUCUUCUUGCCAGAGACCCUCAACACGGCCCUUCCAGAGACAAUAGAAGACGUGCGACACGGGUCAGCCAACGUUCCUCCCCUCCAGCCCCCCCCCGACAUCCAGAGGGGAUCCCAGUCCUCUUCCGGGCCCCUGCUUUGGGUUGGACAGAGCAGACUCAUUCUCAAGGACCGGCUGCCUAAGCAGCUCUGCCCUAGCCCUAGUUGAGGCAGGGGGAUAGCCAUGGGAUGUCCAGACGCCUGUAGCCGUCCCGGGCCCUCCCCCAAGAGAGCCGAGCAGCGGCGCUGUCCCCCCUCGCCCCCUCCUUGGCCUCCCCUGUACCCCCGCUCGCUCAGGUGUCUGCCUCGUGCAGUAGCACUGAUGGGGCUCAGAAUGGGCUCGGGAUGGGGGUGGAGGGGAGGAGGGAGAUGAAGCAGCCCCGGGCUUGCAUGGGUCUCAAUGGGAGAUGCUGUGAGAGGGAUUCUGAGCUUGUGCUUUCUCUGCCCCCCCAAAUUCCGAGGAGAAAGCCCAAGGAGGAGACAGAGGUCCAGACUAUCCCUCUGCAGUCCUGCGAACCUGGGAAGGAGACCAGCUGAGAGGACGACGGCCAGAGCCACCUGAUGGAGGCCCUGUUUCCCCUGGCCUCGCCAAGGACCGUCCUCCACCCGAGAAGCAGCCCCGGCCCCGGCUCCUUUCGCACCCUGAGCCCCUGCCCCCAGCACCCUGGGCCCUUUGGACAGAGCCCCAGGGCCUCCAAGUGCCUGAGACCCUUUCCAGGGACUGGACAAAGCGAAGCAGGAAUCCCCCACCCCAUCCGGGGCUCUCUCUGUCUCUCUCUGACCAUCUGUCUCACACACACAGGCACACACCCCGAUCAUCCAGGCCAGUUAAUAGAAUGAGCCCUCCAAGGACCUCCGUUCGAAUCCCGGUUUUGCCAGGCUACCCGUGUGACCUUGGGCAAAUCAGGCCUCAGUUUCCUCAUCCGUCGAAUGAAGGGUUGGAGUAGAUGACCUCUCAGGCCCUUCCAGAUCUCUAUCUGUGACCCUGUGACCCCUCCAAGAUAUGGACGAGGAAAAGAAGGUCCAGAGUGACCAGUGAGAACCACGAACCAAUGCUGAGAUUCGAAUCCAAGUCCUCCGGCUCCAAGUGCAGCCUCCUUACCACACUGCCAGUUCCCCCUGGGCCAGACUGCCAAAACAGCCAGUCAGGCCCCUUGUCCCCCGUCCCCCCAACUCUGAAUCAUCUCAUCUGAUUCUGUCUGGCCUGGCCCUGCCCCUGGGGUCCUGCCUCCCUCCCCAGGGCAUCCACAGGGCCUGGGCUGGGCUACGGAGGGUGCCGGAUGAGUGUGUGUGUGUGGAGGGCGGGAGAGGGAGAGAGACGAGCCUGGAAGAGCCCCCGAGCAAGCACAGGCUCCCCGCUUCACUUUUCACCCAAGAGAGCACCCAAGGAAUGGGCACAGGGAGGGGGGUCUCCUGAAAUGACCAGGCCCCUGGGGCCAGGGACGCCAGAUCUUUAGAGCUGAGUCCACAUCCCACGAGCAACGGAAGCUCGAGUGGACGUGACAAAAGUGAGUGUUUUUUCUCAAAUAAAAAAUCCAACAAAUUCCA